AUGGUUGACAUGGAAGACUUCCGUGAAAAAUCUAUUAAAGCCAAAGAAACAGGCGACUACAGUUACCUGGGAACUGUUCCACAUGAUCCUCGUUUUCCAAAUGUUAACCAAUCUAAGUGCAACAACAUGUACGGUGAAGAUUACAAACCUUGCAACUAUUUUAAGUUCGCCUUCAAGGAAUUAUGUCCAGUGUUUCUGGUGGAAAAGUGGACCGAUGAAGUGGAAGAGGGGACUUUCCCCUACAAGUUAGACUAG